GCUGGCGGCUACCUGACCGACCCGGAGACCGAGGUGGCCAAGUUGGAGGCUGUGGUUGAUGCAGCUAUCGCUGCUGAUAUCUAUGUCAUCAUUGACUGGCACGACCACAAUGCCAAUGACCAUGUGGAGGCGGCCAAGGGGUUCUUCACGCAGAUGUCGCUAAAGUACGGCCAAUAUCCAAACGUCAUGUUCGAGAUUUUCAACGAGCCGAUCUUACAAAACUGGACCGAGACAAUCAAGCCGUACCAUGAAGAGGUGGUGGAGGUGAUCCGGCAAAACUCGAACAACCUCAUCAUCAUGGGCACUCGAGUUUGGUCUCAGGAUGUGGAUGGUGCUGCCGAAGACCCUGUAGCGGGCGUGAACCUGGCCUACACUAUCCAUUUCUAUGCCAACACACACAAGCAGGAGCUGCGUGAGAAGGUGGUCAAGGCCCUGGAGGCAGGCAUCGCCAUCUUUGCGACUGAGUGGGGAACCUGCGACGCCAGCGGAGACGGCACACUGAACCUCGAAGAGACGACGACUUGGCUCGACUUCUUCGCUGCUCACAACAUCUCGGAUGCAAAUUGGGCCGUGAGCGACAAGCAGGAGGCCUGCUCCGCACUCCUCCCAGGUGCUGACGGAGAGGGUCAUUGGGAGGAUUGUGAGCUCACAGAGUCGGGCCACUUCGUGAGGGCUUCAUUGCGAGGGGAGACCAUGCCGACCACUCUUCCAACUCCCUGCCCGAGGUUGACCACGCCUCCACCCGGCCAGUGCGCAACAUCUACGGAAAGCUGCGCUGAGAAGAGGUGCUGUGAGGACAUCGGUAGCAAGUGCUACGAGAAGAACGAGUUUUGGGCAUCUUGCAAGGCGAGCUGCACCCCAGGCCACCCGAACAGACAAGGGGCGGUUUAG